AUGGCUCGUCGCCAGUUGUACGUGUUCGGAUGUGCAGGUGAUGGGCAAUUGGGUUUUCGGCCGCAUUCUGCUGGAAAUGAUGCUCAAAUGAUGCUUUCUCCUCAGUUAGUAUAUGGUGCACCUACCGGACAGCAUGGUGUUACUGUAAAAGCUGUUGCUAGCGGUGAAAAGCAUACGCUAUUUUUGGCUGAUGAUGGGAAGGUAUGGUCAUGCGGUAGUAAUUAUAAUGGUGAACUUGGUCGAGGAGGUAUCAGAGAAGGCUCAUAUACUAUAUAUCCAGUGCACAUGUCAAGUACCGUUAGCAUCAUCCAGAUAUCAGCUGGUCGAAAUCAUAGUAUGGCAGUUUCAGAUGAUGGCCGGCUGUUUGCAUGGGGUAGUAACAGUCAUGGGCAACUUGCAAUGUCUUGUGAUAUUCUUAUUUCUGACACUCCCAAGCGUGUGCCAUCAUUGCCAGAAACAGUACAAGUAGCUUGUGGGGCAUCUCAUACAGUGUCUUUGAAUGGAGGUGGUCGUGUAUUUAUUUGGGGAGAGCAAUCAGAUGGACAAAUGCGGCAUUCCCCUGCAGAAGUUGAAAUAUUCGUUUCUAUACCUAUAAUUCAGAUUAGUGCGGGAAAUUUGUUCACAAUGGCUUUGACAUCGAGUGGAACAUUAUAUGCUUGGGGAAAGAAUGAAGAAGGACAACUUGGAAAUUUUACAAAUAAAGAUGUCAACAAUCCAUGUGAAGUACCAAAUCUUAAUUCAGUCGUGGCAGUUGAAUGUGGUGAUAGUCACUCCGUUGCACUCACUCAUGAAGGACGCGUAUUUUCGUGUGGCAGCGAUUCGUUUGGACAGCUGGGUUGUGGUCAGCCAAGUAGGUCACACAACUGUAUGAGAGGUAUCACCGAAAUGCUUGGAAGCCAUGUAACGAGAAUUGCUUGCGGAAGAUGUCACACAGUAGUCGUGGCAAAUGGAAAGAUGCACACUUUUGGAUUAAAUAGUAAUGGACAGUUAGGUCAUGGAAAUACACGAAAUCAAAUUACACCGCGUAUAAUUGGUUCGGUUAAAAACGUGGCAUCAGUAUUCGCGGGUUGGGAUCAAAGCUUCUGCUUGCAGAUUCAUACAAAACACGCAUACGAAGUUCUUUCCGGACCAAGCACUUACCUUCAAAAACCGAAGUAUUUGUCACUUCAACGUGUUCGCGAUUUGUUUACAGUUGGUGACAAAUUGACUAUUAUUGGAGAAUUGGAAUCUGUAUUUUCGUCUUUAUCUUCUAUAAAUGCAUCAUUUCUUUACGAAAAUGAAAAACGAUAUCGAUGUAGUGCUUCGAACAACUGUUUGGAUUUGGAUCAUGUCGUGCAGGCAUCUAGCAUUAUCUCGGAAAAUGCAGAUGCAGAUCAGUAUGCGGAAAUAAUGCUAACGAGCUUAGAUGCAGCAGGAAUGUGGGAACUGUCUUGGGAGAAAAUAACCUCCUUGGAAUCUCUUCGAGUUUAUCUCAUCUUGCCUUCAUUAUAUUUGUUUUCUUCACCUUCGUAUGCGUCUAUCAAAGCUCUUCAUUUGCCAUUUGUUCGUUCAAUUCAACUGCUUCGCCAAGCAGAUCGGAAGGUGCUAGAGAGGUGGUGGUCGUUGUUUGAACGGAGACAUUUCAAUCGUUUAGUAUCAGCAUUGGUUAAAGCUCUGGAGCAACUUGUGGAGCAUGAGCCGAAUAAUACUUCUGAUGUUAUUCCUUUUUGUUCGAUUCUUUCACAGCUGAAUGCCAUUAAUAGGUCCCAGAAAUUGAUCGCUUACGACAAAUUUUAUGUUCACAAUUUACAGAAAAAAGUCGAUAUGGCCAAUGAUCUCGCUAGAUGGGAGUUUAGUGGCCAACAAGAUGCCUUCUACUGGUCAAAUUAUCCGUUUUUGUUAGAUGCAGAAUUGAAAACAAAUCUGUUACAAUUGGAAGCCCAUAUUCAGAUGCAAAUCUCCAUGUCAACUUCAGGAAUUAUGAUAUUGCCCUUCAAUAUCUCUCUUCAGUCGCAUCCGUUCUUUGAGUUAUCUGUUCAUCGUGAUAAUAUUGUUGAUGAUGCAAUGGUUGCGUUGUUGUCACUGAAAGAAAUAGAGCUCAAAAAACCGUUGAAAGUUUAUUUUAUUGGUGAAGAAGCAGACGAUGCUGGUGGAGUGAAAAAGGAGUUCUUCAUGUUGUUAUUUCAAGAACUGCUUCAAGCAAAAUAUGGGAUGUUCACGGAGAAUGAAGAAUCACGUUUGAUUUGGUUCUCGGGAGUCGAAACAGAUCCAUUAAGCUUUAAACUUGUUGGAAUGCUGUGCGCUUUGGCUAUUUACAACAGUGUUCUUGUUGACUUUCCAUUUCCUUUGGCCUUGUACAAAAAAAUUUUGGAUGUUCCACUAGAACUUGAAGAUUUGAGUGAACUGAGUCCUGCAGAAGGAAGGUCAUUGAGAAGUCUUCUGGAUUAUGAAGAAGAUGAUAUCGAAGAAGUUUUUUGCUUGACAUUCGUGAUUUCCAUAUCCUUAUUGGGUGACAGUAAAGAUAUCGAGUUGAAAACGAAUGGUGCUGAAAUAUCAGUGAAUCAAAAGAAUAAGCAUGAAUUUGUCCAGCUUUAUAUAAAUAAACGCUUGGAAGAAGGCUUCGAGGGUGAAAUACGUCGUCAGAUGCGUUCGUUUACUGAAGGAUUUGAAAGUGUGAUGCAAUCAAAAAUCAUGAAUUUCUUUCAACCGCAAGAGCUGAUGGAGAUGGUUGUUGGUAACGAAAAUUAUGAUUGGAAUCUGUUUCGGCAAAAUACGGAAUACAAAGGGAUAUAUCACGCACGACAUGAGGCUAUUCUUUGUUUCUGGGAAGUUUUCUUUGAGCUAAAUAUUGUUCAAAGAAAGAAAUUUUUGCAGUUUUUAAUGGGAAGCACGAGGAUACCGAUUCAGGGUAUGUCAGCAGUGAGGAUGCAAAUACAACCAUGUGAUAAGAAAUCAUUGCCAGUGGCACAUACCUGUUUUAACUUGCUCGACUUGCCAGAUAUCACCGAUCGAGAGGAGAUGCGACGUAGGUUACUCAUAUGCUUAGAACACAGUCAUGGUUUUAAUCUCGUGUAG